GUUUGCACUGUUCCGGUUUUUUUCUCCGAUUGUUUCCUUUCGAUCAUGGCAACCUCGCAUACUUGGUGAUCUUAUAAUGACCUGCUAACUUUACGCGGAAUACUACCUUGAAUACUCUCAUUUAGUUGGAUAUAAUGACGGACAUCCGUCGGAAGACUACCUAUGUUUCACGCACUGCGGACGGCAGACAAGCACAUAAUUUCAGCUCAUUUUUCCAGUCGUCGCAGAAAAAGACGUUCAGCGCAGAUCCUGAAAGUGGUAUGCGACUUGUUGGUCCGAUGUUUGAACUCACUGCCUGUGUGGAAAUGAAAGGAGGGGAGGAGGAUUUCGACGCUGUUUAUCCAGAAUCUUCUCUUUCCUACGGACCAACUGUCUGUUCUUUCGGCCUCAAGUACAACGAUCACAACUAUGGUUUACCCUCAGGACUGACGCCUCCAUCCAUGGCCCCUCAUCUAAUGGACUCACAUACUCCAAAAAGUAGGACUCUGUCCGAUGUUGCUCAGGAGGAUACUUGUUCUCGUGCCAUGUUCAUAGAUGACAACGUAGAGGAUCCUUCCCUCACUGAUCAGAUUGGUGACUCCAAUUCCACUUCCGUCUCAACGAAACCAACAUCAUCAGGUAUCACACCAACAACCACGCAGUCCGCGGCAGUCAAUAACCUUACCCCGAAGGCUGAGUCCAGACAGUGCAUAUCUGGAUCCUGGGAAAUUUCGGACCCGGACCGCAAGAAUUCAGGGCCCGUCGAUGAAACCUCAGGCGUUUUACAUUCCAGGUUCAAAAUGUUUGGUGCUUUCGAACAUAUGGAGAUGCGAUACGAGCCGGAGCUCAAGGCAAGUGCUUGUCUUUCUUUUUUUUUCGACAGCACGCGUUUGUCUUUUAAUUAGGUCAUUGAGGUCCCUGAGGAACUCGCUGUUUCACCCUCGCAGCUAAGUGAUUUGGAUAGCGAUUCUGACGAUGGCUACUCUACCCAGAAGAUAAGUGCACGAAUUCCGACCACUCGUGCACUCGUGAUAGAUGGAAAUCUAUGCAAUGGCUCGAGCUGGCCAACACUUCGUUGUACUUGUGGUCUUGUCCACAUUCGGGCAAAACUCAUCCGGUGUCCUGUUUGCAGCACGUACCAGCAUGUACAGUGCAUGGAGAAUUAUUAUAGCACAUCGCUUCCCUACUUGUGCGAAGGCUAUGUCUGUUCGCAUUGUACAACAGAAUCCUGCAAUUCCAUCGAUGCCAAUCAGAAUUACACUCUUCAAUCUGGCGCCAGUGCACAGUUACAUAGAACCGAUCAAACUGAGCUGGCUACGGACUCUGUUAGUGCCAACAUUUCUGUUGUCAGUCGAAUCGACACGACAACCACGGCGUUCCCCGAUGGUAGCAAAGAUGUGUUGCAACGCCUGGCGAUCAACGAAGGAACCGUUGGUUCCCAGUAUGUAGAAAUAACUGCGGACCGUGCCAAACAGUUGGGGCUUAUUUCAGCUGCACCGAAGGCCGACAAACACUUCGCUUCGAAAUCAAGCGUCCUCGGUGUUUCAACGAGUUCAACAAAACUAAGCGCUUCCCAUUUGCCGAGGGAUCAUGAACUCCGAGUGGGACCUACAGGAGUCGAUUGGGAGCGUCUGAACGAAUUGUCUCGCUCAAGCCGGCGGCCACAUGGUGAUACCAAUGUGAAUCUGCGGGUCCCUUCACCACCCCGAACAUCGAAGCGGAAGCAAGAUUUAACCUCCACUUCGUAUAAUGACAACGAGGCUAGCGUUCCGGAUUCGACGGUUGAGCGGCUAGUAGUAUCUGCUCCAGGUGACGAAUCGCCUUCAGCCAGUGUCACUCCAGUUACCACUCCAUGCUCCACUCCCUACAAAUCCAGUACGUCAGGAACCCCAUCAACACCCAAUCAGACAUUGACCCCAGUUUCGGAUCAUAACAGUUCUGGACUGGAUAGUCCGCUACGUCGAGUUCGGUGUGAUAAGCGAAAGCAACGACCUGGGUAAGAUUUUUUUCAUAGCAUUGCUCGAUUUUUUAAAGAAUUUCCCUUCUAGGAAGGAUUUAGCUCAGUGGCGAUUGGCGCAAGUAAACUGAAUUUUGGUCGCGGUAUCUUCACCCACCUCUGCUUGUAAACCUUGACCUGGGAGGUGGCACCCCGAAGCAUGAACUCCUCUGGGCGGGCUUGCAGGUGCGCUAAAAUACCCCAGUAGCUAUGAACUAAUAACCGUGACAAUGCCAUUAGUCUUCGGUGGAACUCAAUUAUUUCCAGCCGUCGGUCGAUGGUCCUAAAUUAUGGUUCUUCAAGUUCUCUACGUGAUCGACGUACAACUCCUGUCCGUUUAUGGCACCAAAUGGCAACCGAUAAGUUAUCUUACAGAGCAGAACUACGCUGAGCGUAUGGGCAUGGCCAACCUACUGCACACCGUAAUUAUCAAGCCCAAUCCGGUUUUCGGGGAUGGACAUCUAGAUUUUAUCGUUCCGUUUGGACGUCCAGUUCAUUUCUUUUCCACCGUUAAAGGCUACGUCUCUUCUUAUUUUCUGCACUUUCUACCACUGGCCACUUAGUUGCUGAAUACUGUGGGUUUUCAUUUUCUCCCUCGAAUGUUGAGUAAGCUGUUUUAUUAACUGCUUGCUAAUAGUUGUCCAACUAUAGCUGUCUCGAAGGAAAUACAAAGGUACCUGGUUACCGAAGUCCAGAUAAGAGAAAUCAGGAAGCCAGGGUUAGGUUUAAACCAUGGAUCUUCGGGUGAAUGCUUUCUCACCUUAACCACCAUAGGGUUCCGUUUCAACAACUGCUUUGCUAUGUCAUGUUCACCCAUUUCGACUUCUUCAUGGGUGACUCACGCGAGCACAUCUACAACACCCUAAUAAAAGUGAACAAACAGUUUUUUAGCCAACUCAGUUACCCAGUCAUAAUUGGCAGACCCAAUGUAACUCUGGGGUGGCAGGUACGUACGUACCGUAGUGCCAAUUACUGGUUUAUAUCGCCUGUUAUUGGUGUCAUAUCCUGUUUCUCAUUUCGCCAUUUUAUCCUCGUUUUUUGUAGCCGCAUCCUCUUCCCAGAUGGCACAAGUCCUAGCAAACUCAAACUGAACGCUCGGGUCAAUCCCUUGGGGGCAGUUUGGGCCAAAGACUAUCAGGAGGCGGAAGCCAAUACUUACUCUGCAGCCAUGGUGGACUAUCUAGAGCAACGAUUGUCGGCUAACCUCGAACGUAAUAAUCGAAUUCCUCCAAGCUUCAUGAAUCGCAGUUCCCUCUGCCGUGUCGUCCUGUUCGAUCACGAUAACAAGGGCCUGGAAGCCUCAGUUAGACUAUCCGUGAAUGAUGUCAUAACGGAGGUCCGUGGUGAAUUUAUGAUGUUGGAGGAAUACGAACACCACUUUGAUCCCAUAUCCGAUUACAACCGCUAUGUAAUGUUCUAUCAAGGAUUCGGUGACCGGACAAUCGUCUUGGAAGCAACCCGAUACGGAAACAGCGCCAGAUUUGUACGCCGUUCAUGCAUCCCAAAUUGUCGAUUGGAUCAUACCGUCGUGCAGGGCAAAUUCCAACUUCUAAUACGAGCAUCAAUGGAGCUUGUGCCCGGCACUGAGUUAACCAUUCCUUUUGACUUGGAUUACCGGGCUUGUCGUUAUCCCUUGGAGUGUGCUUGUGCUCGUUCACGAUGCCCAGUACUCAAAUGGUGUCGUAAAUUGGUGCGCCACAAGGUUGUCCCAAACUUGGACUAUAGCAAGUACAUCGAAUCCCAACUGAGAGUACUUUCUAAACCGCUUUCCCAAGAGAGUCCGAACAGCAGAACUACAUCGUUCGAACAUAGCGGCCUCACUGGUUCCCCGUUGUUGCGGUCUACCAUGGGCAGUUCCAUGUCUUCCUUCUCUAAUUUGAACACUUCCCCAACCCCAUCAACUCGACUGCGAAAAGAGCUUUCGGACACCAAUAGCCCUUUGGAAGAUGACUCCACAAAGUCUAGUGGCUAUCGGCCACUUCGAGCUUCGGGAUCCUGUGAUGGUUAUACCACCGUUGUUGAUGAAAAUGAGGUUCCUCACUGUUCCAAGGUUGUGUUGGACAGUGCUCCCAACCAGGAGAAUAGGUCGAAUGCGUCCACAUUGUUGUGUGAAGACGCGGAUAAAAUCGUCUUCGCCACUCAGUCACCACCGGCUGUAAAUCGCAACAAUACUUGAUCUAUGUGUGAUUUCCCUCACUUUUCUCCAACUCCUUUUACUCUAUUGGACCUAUUCAUGCACCUGCCUCCUCCCCGCCCCCACAAUUACACUGAUCGUCCCGUAUUUAGUAUUUUUUCUCAACCUCUCGUCAUGCACACUCAUCGGUUCUCAUGCCUUUUGUGAACGACGCAAUUGUUGUAUAUUGCUACUUUUCAGACCGAAUUUUGAAAUAGUUAUUUUGAUCAAGUCAACAUUACAGUGCACGCUUUUCCUACCAAUCAA